UUGACCUCAGGUGAUCCGCCCGCCUCGGUCUCCUAAAGUGCUGGGAUUACAGGCGUGAGCCUCCGCGCCCGGCCGGUAGCUUCCUCUUUUCUGCUCUCAUCACCUGUACACGGGUUUUUUCCUCAUGUCAACUCUGUGAUGGGCUGGAAUGUUUUCUUCAGAUGUGGGUAAUUUAAAGGGGACAUUUUUGCAAGACACCAACAAAAAAUCGGUUUGUUUAGAGGCAAGUUUUAAAUCAGGGUCCAUUUUUUUAAUAUUGAUGAAUCCUUCAAGAAUUGUAUAUUUACUGCUGCCCUUCGCGAGCAAGCCUGAGAAGCGCGGGCUCGACAUCUCCGUGCGCCCCAGCCGCCGGCCCCCAAGGCAGGCGACGCCGAAGCACAUGUCCUGACGCCCAGGACCGUGGUCGGCCGCUUUCGCACGUGCGUGGCCAGCAGAGGGCGCAGCCGGCCAGCCCCACAGCGAAAGAUCGCCGAGUGCCGCGUCAGCGAUCAAGCUCCUUGCCCUCGCCGCCUGCCAGCUGCCCUGAGUCAGCAAACCAGAGAGGCGAGGACCUCCCAUUUUCCUAGACAGAACAAGUGGGCGUUGGGGGCACGGCGUUGGCAUCGACAAAAGUCAGAAUUCCCGGGAACUUGAAGAGAGGCUGUUAAAUUCCCAGUAAUUGCUCCUUUGGCCUUCUAGGGACUGACUUCAAAGAAGGAAGGAAAUAAUCAGGCAGUGCUUCCUCAUUCUCCUUCAAAACCUGCUUCCCGCUGAGUCUGCACGUAGGAGACCAGAGAGCACCUUGCCCUUCCAUGGAAACUCAGGCCGAUCUCGUAUCUCAGGAACCUCAGGCCCUGCUUGAGAGUGCUCUUCCUUCAAAAGUUCCUGCCUUUUCUGACAAGGACAGCCUGGGGGAUGAGAUGUUGGCAGCUGCACUCCUAAAGGCCAAGUCCCAGGUAAGCUGUGGUUCCUUUCAUCCUUUUCCUUUCCAUUUUCUGUGCAAUGACAUCCCAUUCAGAGCCUUAAACCCUGAUCUUCUCCAUCAGGCCCAUGGUUCUGUCCUGCUGAAUCAUGGACCCUCACCUUCCAUCUUGGACUCUUGUCUCUCUUCCUCCACCCUGCCCUCCUUUCCUCCCUUCCCAAAUGUGCAUUUUUCACCCCAUCCUCAGUUAUUUUUUUGGUGCUGCCAUUCACAUUCCUCACCCUGAAAUUGCAUGCCAGCACGUGUUGUUUCAGGAGCUGGUAACCUUUGAGGAUGUAGCCGUGUACUUCAUCCGGAAGGAGUGGAAGCGUUUGGAACCUGCUCAGAGGGACCUCUACAGAGAUGUGAUGCUGGAGAAUUACGGCAACGUGUUCUCACUGGAUCGUGAGACCAGAACUGAAAAUGAUCAAGAAAUUUCUGAAGACACAAGAUCACAUGGGGUCCUACUGGGAAGAUUUCAGAAGGAUAUUUCUCAGGGUCUCAAGUUUAAAGAAGCCUAUGAACGAGAAGUCAGUCUAAAGAGGCCACUGGGGAACUCCCCUGGAGAAAGACUGACCAGGAAAAUGCAAGAUUUUGGUCAAGUGACAGUUGAGGAGAAGAUAACCCCCAUGGGAGAGAGAAGCGAGAAAUAUGACUUUGGGAACAGCUUCACUGUGAAUUCCAACCUUAUCUCACAUCAGAGACUCCCCGUGGGAGACAGACCCCAUAAGUGUGAUGAAUGUAGCAAGAGCUUUAAUCGAACUUCAGACCUUAUUCAACAUCAGAGAAUCCACACCGGGGAAAAGCCCUAUGAAUGUAAUGAGUGUGGGAAGGCCUUCAGCCAGAGCUCACACCUUAUUCAGCAUCAGAGAAUCCACACUGGGGAGAAACCUUAUGAAUGCAGUGAUUGUGGGAAAACCUUCAGCUGUAGCUCUGCCCUCAUUCUGCAUCGGAGGAUCCACACGGGGGAGAAACCCUAUGAAUGUAAUGAGUGUGGGAAGACCUUCAGCUGGAGCUCCACCCUCACGCACCAUCAGAGAAUCCACACUGGUGAGAAACCCUACGCCUGCAAUGAAUGUGGGAAGGCCUUCAGCAGGAGCUCCACCCUUAUUCACCAUCAGAGAAUCCACACUGGAGAAAAACCCUAUGAAUGUAAUGAGUGUGGGAAGGCCUUCAGCCAGAGCUCACACCUCUAUCAGCACCAGAGAAUCCACACUGGAGAGAAGCCCUAUGAAUGUAUGGAAUGCGGAGGAAAGUUUACCUACAGUUCAGGACUUAUUCAGCAUCAAAGAAUCCACACCGGGGAGAACCCCUAUGAAUGUAGCGAGUGUGGGAAAGCCUUCAGGUACAGCUCGGCUCUUGUUCGCCAUCAGAGAAUUCACACUGGAGAGAAGCCUUUGAAUGGGAUGGGCAUAAGCAAAAGCUCCCUCAGAGUUACAACCGAGUUAAAUAUCAGAGAGUCCACGUGAAAGAGCCACACACCCAUUUUCCUCACUUCCCCUGAGUCUCAAGAGCUCUUGCCUUACUCUAUAAAUCUCAACAGCUUAGGAUGUGUCCCUUCCAACUCAGACCUUCCAUUUUAGAGAAUAGGGCAGAUUGGGCAAAUCGGUGAAUUUUACCAGAAAUCACACCAGCCUUGGAAAGCGACAAGGCAAGCGGAUGGUGUGCUGGGAACAGAAAGCAGCUCUGGGACCAGUCACCCCAUUUAGGAAAGGAGUUUGCACUAAACUGUUUUUCUCACAGCAGAGGAACCUUUCCAAGGUGAGGACGGAAGCACAGUCGGGACAGAAUUUGAUGGAUUCCUUUAGUUGGAGUCCACGUAGUCAGCACAGACGGCAGUGGAAAGGACGCUCUGGGUCCUGUUAUUUGCUAGGGAGGGGAAACGGAGACUCUUUCAAAGUUACUGUUCCUAGUCCAGCUUUAAGUUUCGAUAAGGAACAUGCUGUUUUGUUUCAUGAUUUUAUUAAUUAUGGAAAUUUGGCAUUGAGGGAUUAUAUUAUUGAGGGUGGAAGAGAUUCCAGAAACAUCAUCUGUGAUAAUGAUGUCCUUUAGGGCUCUUGGAGCAGCCAGACCAUGUUUCCAAGAGAAACCUGGUGAUACUGCUGGCAGACCCCACCCUCCCCAGUUGUCCUAGGGCUGAAUGGGCAAAUCUAUCCAAACAGCUAGUAACCGGCUGUGAGGGAGAGGGUCAGAAGCACUUAGCGUUGGCCUCUGAUUCCUGUCCUCUCGUCCUCUUCCCACUCCAGUGAUGAAAAUGAUUUUCUCUAAAUGCCUGGGUAAGGAUGCUUUCAAUGGGUAAGGAUGCUUUCAAGGAGCUCACUCAGCCUGCCUACCCUGCCCUCUCACCUCUGACAUCCGGCCCCAGCAGCCAGACCGCUCCUGCCUCCACCUCUGACUCUUCAGCAGCUGAAGAGUAAUGCAGAUAAAGAGCAAAGCCCAAAAGGAGGGGGGAAAAAAGCGAAGCCCAGAGAAGGCAGGCUGUGCCUGAGCCUGGUGGCAGAGCUCGUUGCUGGCUGAGGAUGGCACUCACCAAGUAUUCCCAACCGAUGGGAUGACCUUCCAUUGUGUUUUCCCAACCCUGCUCAUCCUGUAGCAUAAAUGAAGUGCACUAUUAAACAGAAUAGUUUUUCAGAAGA